AUUUUUACAUGAAUCCAUUUCAAUAGUUUACCACACUACCAUAACUUCCCUAUUUACAAUAAUUGUAAUAACUUCAACAGCUACAAGUAAAUUAUAAUAUUCUAAUCCAUAGUAUUUUCAAUUACUAUGUGCACUCUAAAACAAUGUUGCCAAUCAACCAAACCUAUAAAUUCAAUCACUCAAUCCUCUAUAUCAAUUAUCUCUUCUUUCUUAAUCAUCUCAAAGAACAAUACCGAUAGUAUAAUAACCUGACAUUCGUACAAAGAAAAGUCAAUCAGAAAGAGUUUUACCAAAGCAAAAGAAAGAGAAUGAAAUUCUAAAAUAAUUUACUUAAGAUGAAAUACUUUAAGAACUCAAAUAAUUAUUAGAAUAUCUAUGUAAGGAAGAAAUUAAGGAAUUGGAGGAGAAUGAGAAAAUUAAAUAUAAAGUAUAUAAAAAUUUAGAUAUAAUAUUAUUUAGAUAUUGACUAGAAUAGAUGACGGAUUAGUAGAAUCACUCAUUAAUCGUUAUCAAAAUUAAAAAAAGACUAAAGAAGAAUAAAUAAAAUUUAUUCUCAGAAAAUGCUUUAAAUUUUUGAAAUAAAAGAUGAACUUAAAUGAAUUGACAAUGAGCGCAUAUGAAAUUGAGAAAGUCUUCUAUAAAGAAUAUUUUGCUUCCAAUGAAAAUAUUGAAGAAUUAAUUCCAUUUAGAUCUGAGUCUUCUAACAAAACUAUGAAUACUUCCUAUUUAAAGAAAAUAUUUUCAUCAGAAAAAUUUUAUGAAGGAUACCUCUCUUAUCUUUGUAAUUAUAUUAUAAUAUAUUAUAUAGAACAUUUUGAUGAAAUAUGGGAUCAAGAAAAUAACGAAAAAAUUUAAAAUAUGGCUAAAUAAGUUUUAAAGUUUAUAGCAUCUGGUUAGAUUGAUGUAAUAAUAUGAAUUAAUUUCUUUUAGAAAAUUUCAACUUACAAAAGAGUUCCUUGGGUAUAAUCAAUGAAAUAACGUUGUUAUGAAUUGGCUGUUUCGUUUAAAGCUUAUCAUGAAUAAGAGGAAAACUGUAAAAAAGUAAAAUAAGAAUGAAAAUAUUGAUAUAAUUCAAAAAUACAACAAAACAAC